AUUAUCUCUUCAUUGUGACAGACGUAUUCUGAAGCAAAAGUUCCAAAGUUGAAAGUUCCGAAGAUGAAGCAACUUCGACAAUUUGUGAGCAUUCUGUUGUAUUUACAGUUUUUCGUCCACAAUGUGUUCACAUUCAAUCUUGAUAUUUUGACGAGAACAAACGGCGUAAAAUGGUUUAAUCGGUGGGAAUGCAACAAUAAUGAUGAUUGCACAGCGAUGAACGCUACGUGUGUCGAUCGUUUCUGUCAAUGUGCACGCGGAUACGUCAUGAACGCCGAUAUGACAACCUGUCUCAGAAUUGCUACGGAUUAUUAUGAUUUUUGCGAAGAGACGGUUCAGUGCUCAGCUUAUCUGUCGAACGGUGGCAGAUGCGAAGACGUAAACGGAAUCGAAGACGAAUCGAUUCCGGAAAAUAAGAGCGGAAAUCAGAAACGUUGCGUUUGCGGUCCCGGUUACUAUUACAUGCACGGAAGAUGUAAUCGAUACGUCGGUCUAUUCGAGGAGUGCGAACAAGACAUCGACUGUUACGUGAACGCUGACUUUGAAGCGAGCACUUGCGAGAAAAUCUCCGCCGAACGAAAGGUUUGCAAAUGCAGUCCUGGGUUUUAUCAACGCGAAUAUCGCACCUGUCGGCGCAAAGCGGAAAGUGUCGGCGACAAGUGCGUAAUAGACAUCGAUUGUUUCUUCGCUAACGCGACGUGCAAUGACAACUUCGAGUGCGAAAAAAUUCAAACUCGCAACGAAUCUACGUAUAUGGAAAAUCACGAUAUCCAAUUGUUUGUCAACAAUUACAAGAACACAGAAAUUCGAGUGGGCAGCAGUUGUGUAAUUAACGAGGACUGCGGUGAUCUGGGAAACGCCAUAUGCGAUCCUUUUGGGACAUGCCGUUGUGAACGCGCGCAUUUCGCAUUUAACACGAGCGCCAAAUGUGUUCCGGAACUGGGAGAACCUUGCGACAACGACGACAUCUUAAAUCCGUACAUAAAUUAUUCUGUUUGUCGAAAACGAUGGACUUGCAUGAACGGUUUUGUUGCGCUCAAAAAUAAUCGCGAAUGUCUUAACGUGACCAGAGAAUACGAGGGAGAAUGCCAGCACGACGAGCAAUGCUAUGUCUUUGGCCCGGACGCUGUGUGCGGUAAUAAUAAAUGCGUGUGCGACGAGAGAGUUUCUCACUAUGUGGAGAGCGAACUGUUUUGCUGGAGAAAUAAAGGAGUUCACGAAACCUGCGAGAGCGAACACGAUUGUCACGUGAACGAUCUUAAGGGCCAACUGGUCUGCAAUAAUACAUGCGACUGUUUUGAGGGCACGAAAAUAAACGGGAACAAAACAAUUUGCAUAAGCGAUCCGGCCGAAAUCGGAGAAUAUUGCGAAGAAGACGACAACUGCAAAUCAACGUCGAAUUCCGUUUGCAGUAAUAACAAAUGUACUUGCAACGUCAAUGACUACGAACUAGAAGGACGAUGUGAGAAAGGUAUCAAUGCCAAUUGCGAGACUAACGAGAACUGCACGGUGCGGAAUUCCGUGUGUAUUGCGGAAGUGUGCUCUUGUAUAUCGGACUAUGUGGCUACGGCUGUCGACUCGUGCAUGCCAAUCUUAUCGUUUGGCGAGCCUUGUUCAGUGGAUGUUCAAUGUUCCGCCAAUGUAACGGGCGCGAUUUGCGGGACCAGCGAGCCAAACGACGCGGGAAACAAAGUUUGCACCUGCAGCGAAGAAGACCACUACAGUUUCGAAAAGUGUCGUAAGAAAAGAUUUCUCGGCGAAACUUGCGAGAAUCUCGGCGAGUGUUAUCAGAACUCCGACGACGAAAGAAUAAUCUGCAGAAACGGGAAGUGUUCGUGCGAUUGGGAUUACGUGGAACACAAGGAUCCGAAUAGCGUUCGCAAUAUUUGCGCGAGAAAUGACGAGAUCUCGGAACAAAAUAUAAAUGGUAGCGUAACGAACGUGGCGUCCACGGGAUUGCUCUCGAUAAUUUUUUUUUGCGUAUUUUUCUUGUAAAUUAUUGCUGGUUUGUUGUAUAUUUGUGACGUAUGAGUUGUAAAAAAAUUUUACAUUUUGUAUCGAAAAACAAUAAAUAAAUAAAUUCUGUAACACUUAA